GCCAACUGGGACUUUCGCGGUCCCCGGUUUUGGGGGGCCUCACCCGAGCGAUGCCUCGCUAUUGCGCAGCGAUAUGCUGUAAGAACCGUCGGGGACGAAACAGUAAGGACCGGAAGCUGAGUUUUUAUCCGUUUCCUCUACAUGACAAAGAAAGACUUGAAAAAUGGUUAAAGAAUAUGAAACGAGAUUCAUGGGUACCCAGUAAAUACCAGUUCCUGCGUAGUGACCAUUUUACUCCUGACUCUCUUGACAUCAGAUGGGGUAUUCGAUAUUUGAAACAAACUGCAAUUCCAACAAUAUUUUCUUUGCCUGAAGACAAUCAGGAAAAAGACCCUUCCAAAAAAAAAUCUCAGAAGAAAAAAUUAGAUGAGAAAGAAGUGUGCUUAAAAGCCAAGUCACAAGAAUCAUUUGCAUCAAGUGAGCUAAAGAAAAAUACAGUUAAUACAGAUGUCCUCCCUGAACACACAGAAUUACUUAAUUCAUCUACCUUGGUCAAGCUACCAGCUCCAAAACCAGAAAGUAUACAAAAUAACAUAUUAACUCUUAAUCUGGUUAAACAAGAUACUGGAAAACCAGUAUCUACCUUGGAAACAUCAGUUACCCAAGACAUAGAUAGAGGUGGUUUUCACACAUCUUUUGAGAAUCUAAAUUCUACAACUAUUACUUUGACAACUUCAAAUUCAGAAGAUGUUCAGCCGUCUUUGGAAACCCAAGAAGUGUUUGAAAUAACUACGAAUCACCUUGCUAACCCAAACUUUACAAAUAAUUCCAUGGAAAUUAAGUCAGCACAGGAAAGUCCAUUCUUACUCAGCACAAUUACUCAAACAGUUGAAGAAUUAAAUGCAAAUAAAGAAUCUGUUAUUGCCAUUUUUGUACCCACACAAAAUUCCAAACCAAUUAAUUCUUUUGUAUCUGCUGAGAAAGAAACCGUGGAAAUGGGAGAUCUAGGCGUUGAAGACUCCUUAUAUAAGGAUAUAGACUAUGAGACAGAAGUUUUACAAACUGAACAUUCUUACUGCAGACAAGAUAUAAAUAAGGAACAUCUCUGGCAGAAAGUCUCUAAACUACAUUCAAAAAUAACUCUUCUUGAGCUACAAGAACAACAAACUCUUGGAAGAUUGAAGUCUUUGGAAGCUCUUAUAAGGCAGUUAAAACAGGAACACUGGCUAUCUGAAGAAAAUGUCAAGAUUAUAGAAAAGCAUUUCACAACAUAUGAACUUACUAUGAUAUAGAGUGUAAAGAGGUUUUAAUGCUAUGACUUUUAUAAAGCUUUUUGCAGCCAAACCAACUUAUGUGUAAAGUGAACUUUUUUCCCUUAUAAAGUUCCAUCUUAA